AUGAAAAAUUCCCUGACUAAAUUUUAUACUUUAAACUCAUUUUCACAAGAUAAAAGCUAUACCUUUGUGAAAUUGCGAAAAGAGUAAUUAUAAGAGGAAAUCAUUAGAAUCAAUGAUGAAACAGAAUUUGAAGAUUUUGCUGAAUUCAAGUCAUUAAAUUAAAACGAAACCAUAAUCUCAAUCAAAUACACUGUUGAUCAAUUCUAUGACCCUUUUUAAUAGUAAGAGAUAAAAGUGGAACAUUAUGUCUAAGAAUUGAUUUACAAUGUACGUCGAAAAUACCCCUACAUUACAGUGUUGGAAAAGCGAAUAUCUCAAUCCGCAUAGUUGCAGUGCCAAAUUUAACUUUACAAUCAGAAACACAAGAUUGUGUUGUUCAACAAACCAUUUACAAAUACCUAACAUAUCUUGGAACUAUUGAAACUCUACAUAGAGAGAGGAACAAUCAACAUUAAAUUCAUCUGUCACAAUUAGGACAUAAUUGCUUUGGGGGGUCAAUUGAAUAAUUUGUUUGAAGAUGCUUUUAUCACAAUCUCAUAGAAGGAUAAAUUGCAAAUCAAUGAUAAGUCACAUAUCCCUGCCAAAUUGAUUACAAUAAACAAGAAGCUUACAUCUAACUUUAUUAAUUUCAAAGAUCUCCCCUUAAAUAACGAUUAUGUAGUGGAUGUGUAAGGAAAGCAUUUUAAAUAUGUGCAUCAAGAAGUAAAUUUCAAAGAGAAUGUCAUUGAGUUGGAAAGGAAUGACAUCAUCUAGGCCAAAUAUAAAUUGAUUCAUCAAGGGAAAUUGGUAGAAGCCGAUAAGUUCCUGGUUAAUGGCAUGCCUAUCAUUUUUAAUGGCGAAUAUAGGUUUUGGACAAAACCGUAGAUGGAAUAUAUUGUUAAUAUCGAGAAAUUAGAUUUCUAUCCUAAACAGCAAAUGUUAAUAACAAAAGGUCUGGGAGAGUAUAGAUAGGAGAUUGAGAUGAUUAAAAUAUAGAAAACUAUUCUGAGAAUUACUAGUAAGAAUAUUAUAGAUUCAUCCAUACUUGACAGUGUAGAUAUAAGUAUAGAUGGUAAGUUUGUUGGAUAGACAAAUAAAAAUGGUACCAUAGUAAUUUAGAAUCUUGAUUUGAGAAGCUUCGUAAUCAAAGCAUCGAAAAAGGGGUUUCUCACAAUGCCUUUACAAUUUGACAUAUCUGCAAAUAACAUUGGCUAAAGUCUAUUAAUUGAGAUGUUUCCUGAUUAUUUUAGUUUAAUGAAUUAGUUCCACAUUUUGGUAGUCAAACCUAAGAGUGCAAAGAAUUUAUCACUCUAAUUAAUUGAUUUAGACGAGUAAAAUAAAAGCAAUAUCCAAUAAAAGAUAGUUCCAUAUAGCAAUGGCAAUAUAGUAAACUACGGAAUACAUAUUGGUAAUUUCGAUGUGUUCGACAAACAGAAGAAUAUCUAUCAAUUGUUCAUCAAGGAUUCUAAGGAAGUCUUGCCACGAUGCAGAUAGAGCAGCUAAAACUUAAAUAAGAAAUCAUAACAUGUUAAUUCAUCGCCAGUAAAUCAAAUGAAAACUAGAAUAAAUAAUCAGAAUUCUGAUUUAAAGACAGAGAGAGGGUUAAAUCAAAAUAAGAAAUCUACUCCGAAUCUAGAGGUUGAGCACUUACACAUCUACUUAUCUUUUGGAAUGGAUAUAGUGUGUUCUCAAAUUUUUGAGGUUGAAAAAUUCGCCUCAAAAGUUUAUGCAACGAUAAAUUUGCACAGAAGAGUUGUUGAGUUAGAUGGUAAGGCUUAUAGCUGCAAGAAACAGACGUCUUAAUAAAAAACAAAUAAAAGAAGUAACACUGGAAAUAUUCUAUAAUUAUUAACAAAUCAAAUAUGAUUACUUUGUUAUAUGCAUUAUUUUAAUAUAAAUAAAAUCUA